AUGGAUGCUGAAAGUCGGAAAACCGAUUGCCUGACGACUGUCAGCAGGACAGAUCCAUUCUUGAAGCACCGUUGGUUGACUCUGCAGCUGCCAAGUCCACGUCUCGCCCGAUUAAGUCAGAAAAAACGACUAAGACAAACUAUUGGCGUGUUUCAAAUGAUGGAAGGUUUUACCAGAGUGCCAAACACCCAUCUCUUCACAUGUGACACAUGCGGGCUUCGUCGAAUGUCCGAAAAACGAAUCCGAAUCCAUCGUUCUUUGGAGUCGCAUCAGAGGAAACUGACUCAGGCAAGAUCUCGGAACCAUCGGAAUCGACAAACUAGUACGAUCCAUGCAACUGUAACUGAACCUAGCACACCAAUCCAAGAAGAGGACCCUCGUUCAGACGGAAUGGACAACCACAAUCGAGAUAAUGAGGUUAUGGAAGACGAGAUGGAAAACCCUGUCGACGUGGCCAAUGGCAAUCAAGAAGCGCAGGAAGUCCACGCACGUGAAUUAAGAAGAGCUUUAGAUUUGAUUCGAGGGAUGACUUCGGAGGAUUUCUUUGAUCUCACGGAGGAGCGAGCCGGUGUUCCAGAAGAGUAUGAUCGAAUGGAUUGGCUUUAUGACGAGAUGGACGCUGAAUGCAUGGAUGGACCGGGAGAGCAUCCAAAUGAUGACGACGAAGACGAUGAGGCAAAUUCAACCAACGAUAACGAGUGGUACCCUUUCAAAAAUAAGAUGGAACUUGUUGGAUCCCUUUUGAUUGGAUAUACUCGACACAUUCUUUCACGGGAUGUCUUUGACGAAAUUCGCGUGAUUUUUCGUAUACUCUGCCAGAUCAAAAUUCCAGCCUGGUCCACCAUUCGCCGGGCACAGGAACGGAUCCGCAAGCAUCUGGAAAUGGAAGUCCAAUUUUCCAACAGUGUCUGGGGCACGCCGUGUGCUUCUGUUGGCAUUAAAAAAAUCCUGAAAAAUGAACUUGCCAACCCGCUUGUGGCGCCACAUUUGGAAUUUUAUCCCCAAGAGUCCAAUGGUUGUGCAUCCCAGUAA